UGCCCGGGGAUGAGGAGGGGGCCACAACCACCUCCACUAUCACCACCACCACGGUCACCACGCUGCAGGGGCCAGUUCCCUGCAACCGGACGCUGGCGGGUCCCGAGGGCUGGCUGGUGUCCCCAGAGCCAGCUGCUGCCCCCUAUGAUGGCAGCAUGGACUGCACCUACACCAUCUCUGUCUACCCAGGCUAUGGAGUGGAGCUCAAGGUAGAGAACAUCAGCCUGGCAGAGGGGGAGACAAUGACGGUGGAGAGCGCAGGGGGCCUGGAGCCCAUCCUCCUGGCCAAUGAAUCCUUCUUGCUGCGGGGCCAGGUCAUCCGCAGCCGCCACCAGAGCCCCCGGCCCCCCGGCCCUGGCCCCUACCACUUCCACUACCAAGCCUACCUGCUGAGCUGCCCCUUCCCAGCACGGCCAGCAUUUGGGGAGGUGUCAGUCAGCAGCCUGCACCCCGGUGGGGACGCUCGCUUCCGCUGCACCACGGGAUACCAGCUGCAGGGUGCCCGCCGGCUGCUCUGCCGCAAUGCCACCCGCCCCUUCUGGAGCGCCCGUGAGCCCCUCUGCCUAGCCGCGUGUGGUGGGGUGAUUCGGAAUGCCACAGUGGGACGCAUUGUCUCUCCUGGCUUCCCCGGGAACUACAGCAACAACCUGACCUGCCACUGGCUGGUGGGGGGACCCUUGCUGGAGGCACCUGAUGGCCACCGCCUGCACCUCCACUUUGAGAAGGUGUCUCUGGCAGAGGAUGAUGACAGGCUCAUUAUCCGCAAUGGAAACAACGUGGAGGCACCGCCAGUGUACGACUCCUAUGAGGUCGAGUACCUGCCCAUCGAGGGGCUGCUCAGCACUGGGCGCCACUUCUUCGUGGAGCUCACCACCGACAGCAGCGGGGCCGCUGCGGGCAUGGCGCUGCGCUAUGAGGCCUUCGAGCAGGGCCAUUGCUAUGAGCCCUUUGUCAAGUACGGGAACUUCACAACCAGCGAUCCUCGGUACCCUGUGGGCACCACAGUGGAGUUCAGCUGUGACCCUGGAUACACGUUGGAACAAGGCUCCACCAUCAUCGAGUGCGUCGACCCCAGUGACCCACAGUGGAAUGAGACGGAGCCGGCAUGUCGUGCGGUGUGCAGUGGGGAGCUGACAGACACAGCUGGCGUGGUGCUGUCACCCAACUGGCCAGAGGCAUACGGCAAGGGCCAAGACUGCAUCUGGGGGCUGCACGUGGAGGAGGACAAGCGCAUCAUGCUGGACGUCCGUGUGCUGCGGCUGGGCUCGGGGGAC